AUUCCGUUAUUAAACAAUUAAAUUCAAAAUUGGCUGAUUCAAAUGAUGCUAAUCUUAAAGUUUCAAAAGCUCACCUUGAACUUGAAGAAAAAGAUCAAUUAAUUAAGAAAUUAAAUACUGAAUUACAAGCUCGUGAUGAUAUCGUUCAAAAAAUUACUUCCGAACUUAAUGCUAACAAACAAGAAAUUGAAAAGAUAAAGAAAGAGGCUCAAGAAAAAUCUUUACAAUCUCUACAAUCUCAAAAAUCUACUAAUUCCGAAUUCGAAAAUACCAAAGUCGCUCUUGAAGUAAAUAAACAUGAAAUCGCUAAUUUAAAGGCUGAACUUGAACAACGUAACACUACCAUUCAACAAUUAAACUCCGAUUUAAGCACUCGUGCAAAAACUUUACAAUCUACUGUUUCGGAUCUAGAAAAAGCUCAAGCUGAACUUAAAAUCAGUAAUGAAAAUCUUUCAAUUUUAAAAUCGGAUCUUGAAGCUAUUAAAAAUGGUUCUAACAAAAAAGUCGAUCUUUUGGAUUUCGAAAAAUGUCAAAAUGAUCUUAAUGCUUGUCAAAAUGAAAUUACAAAAUUAAAUGCUGAAAUCGAAGAAGCUCAACAUUCUUUAUCCUUAAGAAAUGAAGAUCUUAGUAAUUUAUCUAGUGAACUCGAUAAAUCUCGUAUUUCCUUAAAGACAAGCAAUGAAGAAACCAUUAAAUUGAAAUCUCAAUUUGAAAAAACUCAAAGUGCUCUUACUUCAAGUGCUGAAGAAAUUUCUCAUUUAAAAUCCGAUAUUCAAGAAAGAGAUCAAAUCAUUCAAGAAUUACGUGACAAUUUGACUUCUCGUAAACAAGAAUCGGAUUCAAAAGUUAUCGCUGAAAGAGAUUCAUUGAAAAAAGAAUUACAAAAAGUAAAAGCUAAUUUCCAAAGUCAAACAAAUGAACUUCAACAAGUUAAUGCUGCUCUUCAAAGUGCUAAAUCUGAAAACAAAUUAGUUAUUGAACAACGUAAUCAAGUUAAAGCUGAACUUGAAUCUGUUCAAACUGAUGUUAAUAAAAUCAAACGUGAUCUUGAACAAAAUAAUAAAUUUGAUUUUAUAAAUAAAUCAUAUAAUGAAAUUAAAUCCGAACUUGAAGCUACAAAAGCUGAGCUUGAAUCAAAACGCAGCUUAUUCGCUGAUAUUUCAUCUGUUGAAGACCUUCGCGCUCAACUUUCAAGCGCAAAAGCAGAAGCGAAAGCUAAUGAUUGGGAAAAGAAACGUUAUGAAUCCACGAUUUCGGAGCUAACAAGUAAAAUUGAACGUUUAAAUGCAAAAGAACAAGAAGAUGCUAAAAGUCGACAACAACUUGAGCAAAAAGAAAAUAAUCGACUAAAAGCUGAAAUCCUCACGCUAUCAGAAUCCGAGCGAAGAGCGCGUGAACUUUCAGAAUCAUUGUCCAAAAAACAACAUACAUCACCGACCAUUAACGUAAUACCUACUGAAACAAAAUCAACAAAUGAUUCUAAUGGAUUAAUAUCUGAACGGAGUAUUGAACCAUCUCCAUCAAAACUUGCAACAAUUCUUGAAACUCCUCCUUCAAAACGUAACAGUGCAAUUGAACCAUCGGAUAUUAACGGUGUUCCAACCAUGCCGCAAGCAAACACUAUAGAACAGAAGAAUUUGGUUCCAGAAAUUACUGAACCAAAUAAAAAUGGUGUAAUUCCACGCCCAAAGAAGGACGACGGAAAUGGUGGUUGGAUUACUGUUCAAAAGCGAAGAAGCAUGAGACAAAGGAACAGCAUG